AUGGAGGCAGUGGGGUGCCAGCCAAGCUUGGUGGAGUUGGGCAAGACCCGGAGCGCCCCGUUGCCGAGCAUGGAGGACCCGGAAGAUUCAGCCAAACUUCAACCGCUGGUUCGAACACGCACAAUUUCGGCUGUGUCCACGGACAGCUGUGUGUCGGCACUUUCCUCGUCGACGGUCUUCUGGUCGCCAUCUUCGCAUUUCACGCCGAAAUCCUCCGUCUAUCCGCCUGGCAUGGGACUUACGCCACUGGCUGGCAGCCAGCCGCACAGGACCUUGACGCCUUCCGCUUCUCCGAUCGUGCGCACGAUCUCCAUGGGCUCGGAGGCGAGCCUCGUGCGCACGACGUCCAUCUCACGUCCCUACCCGCCGGGCUUGGGAUACACGCCCAUCAGCACGCCCAAAGAUUCGCUUUCUCGGGCGAACUCCUUCGGCUUGAACGCUGAAGUGGAGCCGUGCAGACCCAGGAGGAAGUCCACAGACCUCACGGCCGUCCUCGAGGCCCACGCCGAGGAUCACAGCUUCUCCCGGGAGCUGCUGCUGCUCUUCCGCAGCGAACCUUCGGACGCGUCGGACGCGGCGGAAGCGGGCUUUCUGCUGCCGGCCCCGGGUUUCUUCAGAAUGCAAGCCGUCGUCUCAGACGCGUCUCCGAAGACACUUGCCGAGCAGGCUUCACGCCCGGCCAAGGCGGCGAAAGCCAAGCCAGCCCAGGCUGCGCAAGGCAAGGGCAAGGGGAGCUCCGACCCGUCUGGCAAGGGCAAAGCUGCGCUUUCCGAAGCCUCCCAGGCUCCGGUGGCUGGACACGUGCCGUCAAAGGGCCCGGCAGUUGCAUCCCAAGGAAACAAAGGUGCGCAGGCACCGCGCCAGGGCGCCUACGCCAUGAAGGCAGGGCUGCCGUGUCAAUCCGGAGGAGACUAG